GUUCACGCGCUGAGUAGCAGAGCUGUUCACUCACGGAGAGCUCUUACCGGGGUGUUUUUUCACGGGGGUGUGAACUGAACCAAUCGAGCUGCGAGUAACGCCAAUGCGCGCGAGCUCAAGCAGAGGAGCUGUCCAGCCGCCGCAGUGCUGAAACUCUCGCGUGCAUCCCGCUCCGCUUCACACUGAGGUUAAUGUUCACGAAAACAACGACAUGUUACCAAAAUCCAGACGAGCUCUCACCAUUCAUGAGAUCGCAGCGCUGGCUAGAUCUUCACUUCACGGUAUCUCCCAGGUGGUCAAAGAUCAUGUGACGAAGCCCACGGCGAUGGCGCAGGGGCGUGUGGCCCACCUGAUCGAAUGGAAGGGCUGGUGUAGACCCCCCGACACCCCCAGCGCCCUGGAGUCCCACCUCACGUCUUACUCGCAUCUUUCAGAGGGCGAACAGGAGGCACGUUUCGCUGCAGGAGUGGCAGAGCAGUUUGCGAUCGCUGAGGCUAAACUUCGUGCCUGGUCUUCAGUGGACGGUGACGAAUCGAAUGACGAUUCUUACGAUGAAGAUUUUCUACCUGCAAAUGAGACGUUCACACAGAGCACAGAUCUGUCCUCGUACACUCACCACCUGCGGGACCUCUUACACACUCAGGUGUGUCGAGCUCACUUGCGGAGUCGAGGUCUGUGCGAGACUGAAAGCGGUGUUGGAGCCGACCUUUCACCUCUCGUGGGGUCGCCGGGGUCACCGUCGGACACGCUCUGUUCCAGCAUGUGCAGCUUGGACGAAAGACACCCAUUGUUACGGGACCUCAGUCGCCACACGGAUGCUCCCGUGACCGACCUCAUCGCUAAGAUUCUCGGAGUUCUUCAUGGAGGGGAGGAGCUACUGUUGGCCCGCCUCCAUCGGGCGAUGCACAGACAAGGCCACUCCCCCUGUUGUUUGGCAACAUACUCUGAGACAUUCGAAGACGAUGACACGCCUUGUAAGGACUGUGGAGGUGGAGUCUGCCUUCCGCCGGAAUAUUCCGUGCGUAGAAAGGUGUCGGACGUCGCCUCGUCUGGCGUAGUCUCGCUCGAUGAGGACGAAGUGGACGUGGACGUGGACGUAGAGGAAGAGGAGAGAGACCAACAGUGACCAACUGUCAAUCAUCUCUCAGUUUGACAUGACUCUGCAUGUUUAUUUUGGACUCCUCCCACUAAUUUGCAUUUUGGUCUUUCCUCAGCCCGUUCUGGGCGCCAAAUGCUCUGGUGGUUCGACCUUUAAUAGCGAAAAUACCGCAGCUGAGCGUAAGACUGAAUCUUACGUUUUACGUCUUAAAGAACUUAAAAACAUACAAAGGAGGAGCUAAAGACUGACUGAAAUAUCUCUGCAUGUACUGCAAGUGCCGAACUGAACAUACAGUCAUAAAUGUUUGGAUCUGGACGUCCAGUUGUUGUUUAGCACGGUUUGUGGAUUUGGCUGUUGUGUAACCCUGCUCCUUAUAUGAUGUCAGGCCGCAUUGCAUUCUGGGUCUUGAUGACAUGACGCCUGUUCCCUGGUACCCGGUUGCAUCUUUUGGGCAUGGCUUGUUAAGUACGUCAAACUCGAACUAUCCGAUCUGUCACAAUCGUUUAUGAGGUGAUGCGGGAAUGACGAAUGUUUACAUCCUUGUUGAUCAAGUUCUGCUUUUGUUGAAAUUUAUUUGCAGAUGUUACCCGUCCAGAAUGGCCUUUUCACCACCGCGGUUAUUGUGCUAAAUGUGCACUUUUAAACCAUUAAGUGGCGCUAUAACCACAUUAUUUCACAAGGUGGGAGCUAAACGCUCCAAAGCUCAUUCUCGCGAGGAGCAAACUUUGCGUGCCGAUGUUGCUUUUAAAGAACAGGCUCAAAAGGAAGAUUUUGUUCAUGCAUUGUUGCUUAAGUAUAUGCGAUUAAUUAAAUGCAUUAUUUUACAGUGUCUGCAAUAAGAGGUAAUGGCUCUGCCAACACAAGCGGGCAAUUUGCAGAUCAACUGUAACCGUUUACAAGGUAUUUUUGAAUUGAUUUUCAGCAAGACCAGUAAUAAGAACAUAUAAAGUAACAGUUUCCAUUUAAUGAAUGUAUUUUGAAUCUCGACACAAAUCAAAAUGUAAAAAAUAGAAUCAUUCGAAUAUUAACAAUGUAACAACUGUAAUUUCUUCACACUUAAAGGUGCAUAAAGUGUCUGUUUGCAUCAUCUGGUAGCGAUUUUGCGAACGAAUCUAACGCGUGACUUGAAUUUAUCGUUAAUAGUUUUAUCGCGGUGAACCGCGCGGCGAAAAGGGUCAUUGUGGUGUGGUACCUACUGUAUUAUUAUUAUUAUUAUUAUUAUUAUUAUUAUUAUUAUUAUUAUUUAAUUGAUUCAUACUGUUUGCCUUUUCAACCUGUUUCGUUAAAGGAAUAGUUCAUGCAAAAAAUUAUAAGGAUGUCAUUAAUUACCCACCCUCAUGUCAUCCCAAACCACUAUCCUGUUAUUGUUUAUUUAUUUCCAUGUUACAUAAAAAAUUCGUUUUUUUAAUAAAACACCAUAAAUGGAUCGUAAACGUAGUGUAAAAUUAGCGUGCUGGAUUCCAAGUGUUUUGAAGCUUUGCUCUAAGGGACAGAUUUAAAUUUAAGUCAUUAUUCACUGAUAAUCUUCUCCUCUGAUACAGCUCGGACACCUCACAAGUGGCUUUUUGACGCAACGUGCCAGGUGUGAAGUCGCUGACGACAAACACCAUUCAAGUUUGGCCAUUCCAGCUCACAUAUGUGGGCAAUUCCUGACAUUUUAUCUUUAAGGAAACCUAUCAGAUAUCUCCAGAAGACUUGGAAUAUAGCACAUGUUCCACAAUACAAUAACAGCAUUGAUGGGUUUGGAGGGGGGAGUAAAUAAUGCCAUCAUUCAAAACGUUUUGGUUGAGCUGUUCCUUCAAUGUUUUUAAAGCGUUACUGUUCAAAGAUGAACACAGUGAAUGUUUAGGAGUUGCUCCGGGGUUGUUGAAUCAAUGUAAAUGAUGACGCCUUGUAUCCGUGGGUCAGUUUAAAAGCUGGACUUUCGGACAGUCGCUCUAUUUUUGUACUGUGUGGUUUCUGCGGUGAAUAUGAUAUAAAGUGAGUAACGCUGUGGUUUGUUCACAAGAUGCUUGUUUAUUGCUUUCUCUCUUCUGUAUCUGAAUUAUCACUGUGUGAUAUUGUCUACAUCAGGAAAAAUAAUA